AUGGUGACACAGCGCAAACAAGCCGAUGGGUUUUCCUUUGUGGUGAUACUGAACAGGAUCAACAAGAAAUCCUCGCAACGGGAAUCUGUGCGGCUCGAACCCCAUCCACCGUAUCUGAGACCGACGUCACUAGAAGCACGUCAUUGGGGAGCAACAUACGCGCUAUAUCGUUUCUGCAAUGGUAUCCAAUUGAACCGCGUUCUACCGCCCGGGCCUCGCGAAUACUGGAACAAUCUUUCUGCUGAGCACAAGAAUGCCCCAGAGCAUCAGAAAUGGAUGUACGAUGCUGACCCGUUUGCAGCACGGAAGGCCGUGGAGGAGCGGCAGGCCAAAGCAGCUCAGAAGGCGCAGGCUUCUGGUCGAGAAGCACAAUGCAGCAUUGUCUCACAGACGUCCGGCGAAUUUCUGAAUGCCCCGGAAGCAAAAAUGGCUAGCAGCCUACGCGACGUCGUGGAGGAUUCUAUUAAGAAGGCGAUAGCCCUUUACCCAGAUGCGGGGAACGACGAACGACCUGUCAUUUCUCCAGAGGAUGCGCCACAAAUACUCCGGAACCUGGACGCACUGGGUUUCAAACUCGCCCAGGCUCGGGGGGCUAUCGCCGCCCUAUCGCAGCCAUCGUCUUUGAGUUCGAAUCUUCUGAAGACCAUCCCACCUUUGCAAGCAUGCAUCGAGUAUCUCAUACUGCAGAUGCCCGAAUGCGAUUUACCACGGCAGUUUUUGCCAUCUGCCAACUCCUCAGAUCCAUUUGUGACGGCCACUCAUUCGGGAACCAGCGACAUCAAAGCACGGUGGUUAGAAGAGAAAGCCGUCAAGGAGUGCGGUUGGCCAGCUCACAUCGUCAGGGAAUGCGUGGCGGACCACAAGCUGGCCAACGACUGGAGACUAUUGUUAUCUGCACUUAACAGGAGGUUGAUUGGGGAGUCUGCUGAUCUCAUUGCGUCCGAUGCGAGUAUCGACGAUGAUGCGGAAGUCGUAAACGAAGAGGAGCUUCAGUCCAUUGGCGGGCAGACAUUGGACGGCGGACAAAUUUUAAUCCGUCCCCCCGUUGCACCCAUAACGCUCGUCGUCUUUGCAUCUCAUGAUCUCAAAGUGUCAACCAGGGGAACUCCCCCGCCGAUGUACAUCGCAUCCGCAAGUGUCCCAGCUUACAUUCGGCUUCAUAUAGUCUCCCAGCUCCUUCUAUCAUUCAAAGGCGGUACGUUCAUGGACCCCGGAGACAGUUUUGUAAUGGCUGCCAUCCGACUGCUGGAAGAGCAGUGGAUUGCUAUCGAAGAUAACGGGCCACCGGAGAUAUCUGUUGUCCUACAGCAUCUCGUCCCUCGAAGCUCUGAUGCGCCACUUGUACACGCGCCACCUCCGGUAGCCUCCCAUUCGAAUAUCAUGGACAGCCGAAGGAGAAGAGCGGCGUGGAAACCUGAUGACCGCUCAGAUGAUGCAGUCAAAGUUCAAUUUCUGGACCUUUGCAAGACCGAGCAGUACGAGCAACUUCUAGAGUCUAGGUCAAAGCUCCCUGCGUUCUCCGCAAAAACACAAUUCCUGAAAUUGUUGGAAAACAACCGGUGUGUCAUAGUGGUUGGGGAGACAGGGUGUGGAAAAACCACCCAACUCCCACAGUUCGUCUUGGAUUCUCUGAUUCUUGCUGGUCAUGGAUCGAGAGCAUCCAUAGUCGUCACCCAACCGCGGAGGCUUUCUGCUCUCGGCGUUGCUUCCCGUGUCUCUGCCGAGAGAUUGGAUGAUGGCUCGGUAGGGUAUGCGAUCCGUGGAGAGAGUAAACAGAAUAGAAGAACCAAGUUAACGUUCUGCACCACGGGUGUAGUCUUACGCCGGCUUGGCUCCGGGGACCGGCUAAGCAACGUCUCACAUGUGAUCGUAGAUGAGGUGCAUGAACGUUCGGUCGAUGGAGACCUCUUACUUCUUGAACUGAAGGAGCUCUCGAGAACUCAUCCGACGCUUAAGGUGAUACUGAUGUCUGCAACCAUUAACCAUGAGAAGUUCAUCGAAUAUUUCGACAACGCACCUCUCCUUACAAUCCCCGGAUUUGCGCAUCCUGUAAAAGACAAGUAUUUAGAAGAUCUGCUUCCUUCGCUUGACUAUAAGCCCACAAGUCUAGGGCGUACAAGGAAAGGGAGAGAUGAUGUCGAAGAAGAGUAUAAAACGCUUUACGACGAACUGGCGCGGUUAGACAUUCAAGACGAUACAAUAAAGGCUAUCCAGACUAUUAGCCGUUCUGAUCGGAUUGAUUAUGAUCUCAUCCUAGCUGUAGUCCGACAUAUCAUAUCAACUGCAUCGAAGAGAGGGGCUAUACUCAUAUUCCUCCCUGGUGUUCAAGAAAUUCGACAGUGCAUCGACCGAUUGCGGGAUAUCCAAAACGCUACGAUAUUACCCUUGCAUGCGAACCUUUCCAGUGACGAGCAGCGUCGAGUAUUUGCCCCGGCGAUGAGCUGGAAAAUUAUCGUGGCAACAAACGUCGCUGAAACAUCCAUAACUAUCGACGAUGUCAUAUACGUCAUUGAUUCCGGGAAAGUCAAGGAAACACAUUAUGAUCCAGAAACUGGGCUUACUAGGCUACUGGAGCAGUGGGUCACUCGUGCCGCAGCGAGGCAAAGGCGGGGACGAGCUGGGCGGACGCAACCGGGCGUCUGUUACAAGCUCUACACCAAAAUGCAGGAGAGGAAGAUGGCGCCUUUCCCCGUCCCAGAGAUCAUGCGAGUACCUUUGGAAAGCAUAGCACUUGUGGUCAAAGUGGUCCACAAUGACGUGAAAGGAUUUUUAUCUCGUGCAUUGGACCCUCCAGAUACAGCAACGAUGGAUAGCGCAUUGCGUGUGCUCGAGGACUUAGCUGCUCUUAAUGCAGACGGUGAAGUCACCCCCCUUGGGCGGCACAUGGCAAUGUUGCCAGUCGACCUGAGACUGGGAAAGAUGUUGAUUCUAGCCACAAUCUUCAAAUGCCUUGGACCCGUACUAACUGUUGUGGCUUGCCUGUCCUCGAAACCCCUUUUCGUCAGCCCUCUGGAUAGGCGCGAAGAAGCGACGCGCGCGCGAGCCCAUUUUGCAACUGGAAAUAGCGAUCUCUUAACAGAUCUUCACGCAUACGACGAAUGCAUGCGUCUUCGCGCUGAGGGAAAGCCAAAUAACGUCAUCAAAAGGUUCUGUGACGAGAACUUUAUUUCUGCCUCAACCAUCCGAGAUAUUACCUCGUUGCGACAAGAUUUCCUCUCAUCGCUCUCCGAUCUCGGCUUCGUUUCGGCGUCUUCGAAGCCCAAUGACACUGUGCUCAAUGUGAAUAGCUCCAACGAGAAUUUGCUUAAAGCAGUCAUUCUCGGAGGACUCUGGCCUCGUAUUGCCCGGGUAUCUCUACCCAAAUCGGCGAUCAAGUUCGAUCGGGUGCAAGCAGGAACGGUGCAGCGAGAGAACACCGCAAAAGAAUUCAAGAUGUACGAUUUGCGGGAGGGCCGAGUCUUCCUGCACCCCGCAUCUGUCCUCUUCGGUGAAGCUGCGUGGAAAUCUCCGUUCUUAACAUACUUCCAGAAACAGGCAACCACCAAGGUUUUCCUGAGAGACGCUACGGAGGUUCCGAUAUACGGGCUUCUGCUGUUUGGAGGCGCGGUAUCAGUGAACCACGUCGGUGGAGGCUUGACGAUCGGAAGCAAAGACUCGGUGAUCAAGUUAAAGGCGUGGCCCCGCAUCGGGAUCCUAGUCAACCAGCUACGACGGCUAUUGGACGCACAACUUAAGCAAUGCAUCGACGAUGGAGUCACGUUGGAUGUAGGGCAAAACAAUCCCGUGUUGCAUGCGAUGUUGGCGUUACUCCAGAACGAUGGGUUAACGUCAAGCAUUGAAGGACCGAAUCUAUGA